AUGGCAGCUUUUGAAAUACCCUGGGCCGAUCCCAUGUCGUCGCCGUCCACUAUCUCAGACAAUGGCGCGCUGUCCAGCAAUCCCCGAGACGCCCAUCCACCGACCGUGGCCGCAUUCUCGCCGACGACGAUAGCCGGAUCGUCACUUACAUCGCGACAGCGCUCGAGCGUCAUUGUUAAUCGGAAAUCCCCCCUGCUGGUUGCUACACCUCCGCCCAUCACACGCGCGUUGGCGCAUUCUCAUCCGUUUCUUUUGCCGUUGAACAAACUCGCCGGGCUGUUGACAUGGUCUAGCGGAGACCCGUGGGCGAGCUUCUUGCUCGUAGCUGGAUUUUGGGCCAUUGUUUUAUAUUCCGAUGCCAUUAUUUUGUAUGCGGGACCGAUACUAGUGGUGAUUUCGUUGAUAUUGGGGAUGUAUUCCAGACGGUAUUCGCCACUCUCGUCGACUGGAGUAACGGGUGAGAAACACGGAAAUCGGAAACAAACGCCUGAAUCGCUUCCUACGCGACAUCAGAAGAGUCUAGAUGAAAUUGUUGAGACGAUGAGAGAAUUUACGACUCGAUGCAACAUCAUGCUGGGCCCGUUGCGAGAAAUGACCGACUUCCUUUCAACACAAAGUAGCGCAACGUCUGCUACGACACGGCCUGCCUUGACGUCACUAUUAAUUCGGAUUAUUUGUAUUACGCCAAUAUGGAUACUUCUCACUCUUCCUCCAUUUUACAUCAUCACUACCCGGCGCGUUGUUUUAAGUGUUGGCACAAUUAUUCUUACAUACCACUCCAGCCCUGCUCGCGUCUUCAGGGUUCUUUUAUGGAGAUCGUUGGCCGUUCGACGUAUCUGCGUCUUCCUUACGGGACUCAAUUUCUCGACGGAUAAGGCAGCAGUAAAAGCAGCUGAAAAGUCAAAAACUGUCCAGUCAAAGAAGCACGCUACAGCAAUUGCAACGUCGAGCAAAGGCGAGGCCGGCGUGCGAUUCACAUUUAUUGUGUACGAGAAUCAGCGACGAUGGCUUGGUAUUGGAUGGACGUACUCGCUAUUCCCACAUGAACGUACGGCUUGGACCGAUGAGCAUUUGAAUGCUGUACCACCGAAGGAUAAUUUUGAACUUCCUGACGCUAAUGGUGGUAAUGCGAUUUGGCGCUGGGUUGAAGGAAGUCAGUGGCGGAUUGAGGGUGGAGAUAAUACUAGCGACGGAGGUGGCUGGAUUUAUUAUGAUAACAAGUGGCAAGACGGUCGACGAGGGGACAGCUGGGGACGAUACACUCGACGUCGAAAAUGGUACAGAGAUGCCGAACUUGUCGAGGUCGAUGAAAAUGGGGUCGUUCCCGAAAACACAGCCAAAGUCCAAGACGACGCUGUCAGUAUCAGAUCAACAGCUUCAGCAGAUCCGCAGGGAAGCAUGCGAAAACGUCGAUGGUUCAAUAACUCCAAAGACCUAGGCAGAAACAUCCCUCCAUCACCCUCCAACGCAUCCACAUUCUCCUUCAACAACCAAGACGCGGAAAACUCCCCCGCUUCGCAAGACCAACCUUCCGCAUCCAGCACGGCGAGGAAUUCUCGACCCGUGAGUCUACAUCGUUCCCGCACAAGUGAUUACGGAAUUAAACCUGGACAUCAAUACAGCAGUAGCUCCAGCCAACGGAGUGUAACCAGUAGUAGUAAUCGCCUCCUGGCAACUGAAGAUGGCGACGCAGAUAGUCAGAAGAGUAUCCGUGAUCGCGAGAUUGAGGAUGCUCAGAAUAGACAUGAUCGAUGGGCAGCGAGGGCUGCUGGUGGCACGGAGCGGGCGGAGAGGGAGUUGGGCUUGGGCGAUGAUGUUAAUAUGGGCUUGAGUUGA